AUGUCUGUCAAUGACGAUACCACGAGUUCCAUGUUGAAGAGGCUUGCUGAUGAUCCAAUGCUGGUACUGAAUAAGAUGGCUUCAGAGAAUGGAUCCCUUGACCUUGGUUUGGGAUUUCCAAACUUUCCACCACCACACCACAUCACGCAGGCGCUAAGUGACGCGGCAACAGGAAACAACUUCACGUUACACCAUUAUACCAGUCCGUAUGGUCAUCCUCGUCUGGUGAAUGUCCUGGCUAAGUUGUACUCGAAGUUUCUUUCAACCACGCUGGACCCAACUGACCACGUAUUGAUCACCAUAGGGGCAUUCCAGGGUUUAUCCUCUAUAUGCCAGAGUCUCAUCUACCCGGGGGAUGAAGUGAUUUUGCUGGAGCCAUUCUAUGCCGCAUACAAAACUAUGUUGGAAAUGCGUGGUGCUGUGCCAGUCUAUGUCCCACUGCGACCUUAUAAAGAUGGUGGUGAACAGAGCAGUGCUAACUGGGUGUUCAAUACGGCAGAACUGCAAAAGGCUGUUACAAGCAAAACAAAGGCUAUUUUUCUGAAUACGCCUAUGAAUCCAUUAGGCAAAGUAUUUGACAAGAAGGAACUUCGUGAAAUCUCGGAUCUUUGCGUGAAACAUAACCUACUUUGUGUGGCUGACGAGGUUUAUGAAAGGCUGAUAUAUGGUGGAAAACAACACACUCGGAUAGCGAGUUUCCCUAAUAUGUGGCAGCGCACUAUUAGCCUCGGAAGUGCUGGGAAGAGUUUCAGUGUAACUGGCUGGAAGGUAGGCUGGUGUGUCGGACCUAAACACUUAAUACAAGUUCUCCAAAACUACCACUUCUCUGCCAUUCGGACAAGUCCUACUCCUACACAGGAAGCUUUGGCUGUUGCCUUUGAGAAGGAGAUGCACGUGAUGAACACACCUGAGUCAUAUUUCCAGACUAUAUCUAAAGAACUGGAGUUGAAGAGAAACAGACUUUGUCAAUAUCUCAACAAAGCUGGUUUCAAUGCCAUCACCCCUGACGGCGGGUGUUACAUCAUAGCGGAUAUAUCGAAUAUUCUAGCGCAUGCUGUGGGAAAAGACAAAAUAUCAGAGGAAGCAUUAGACUACAGAUUUGCCAAGUGGGCGGUGACAGAAAAGAAACUCUGUGUGAUGCCAUUGUCGAUAUUCUAUUCCGAGGCGCAUCGUUACAUGUCUGAGAAAUAUGUGCGGAUCUGUUUUUUGAAGACUGAUGAAACACUGGAGAAGGCAAAAGAAAUACUUGAUGAAUGGAAACAAAGUUGA